UUCAAUCUCGCUCAACCAUCAUUCCACAAAUGACCAGCAAAAGUCAAGAAGCUCUCUGAACUCUCUACUCACUACUCUCCUCUCCUCUAUGUUUUAGACCUUUUGGUUCUCUUUUCCAAUGUUGUUUUCAGCAAAGCAUCAGAGAAACAAUAGAGUCUCUGCUACAAACAAGAACAAGACUCUCAACAAAGUUUCUUCCAUUUCAUCAGCUCCUCCACUCUCACAAGACUCUCAGAAGAGAUCUCUAGUCACCAUGGAAGAUGUUUGGGAAGACAUCAACCUUGGUUCCAUCCAAAGCCAACAUCCACAAGGCAACCAUGAGCCAAGGUUCAGUAGCCACAACCACCAGAGCCAAAACCCUAACUCCAUCUUCCAAGAUUUUCUCAACAGGCCAUUGAACCAGGAACCAACAAUACCUACUAUAGGUUCUUCCUCUAAUGGAGAUACUACCACUGUCACUGCUCUCUUCAGCAGCUCUCCUUUGCCACCUCCUGCAACUGUCCUGAGCUUGAAUUCUGGAGCCGGCUUUGAGUUUCUUGAUAACCAAGAUCCUCUUGUUACCCUUAACCCUAAUCUGCAUAGCCACCAUCAACUCAACACUCCUUUUGAGGCUCUUGUUACAACUACUUGUUUUGGUAAGAAAAGAGGCCGAGAAUCUAAUGAAGAAGGUUCAGGGAACAGAAGAAAUAAGCGUAUGAUCAAGAACAGAGAAUCUGCAGCUCGUUCAAGAGCUAGGAAACAGGAAUGUGCCUCUCCUCCUCUCCUAACAUUCUUCUUGAAAAAUGGUUUUUGCCAACAAAAAGCUUAUGAUCUAAUAAAAGGUUUUAUGGGUUUUGAUUCUCAUUUGCAGGCUUAUACAAACGAGUUAGAGCUUGAAGUUGCUCACCUGCAGGCAGAAAAUGCUAGACUCAAGAGACAACAAGACCAGUUAAAAAUGGAGGCAGCAAAUCAGCAACCCAAAAAGAACACACUUCAACGGUCCUCCACAGCACCAUUUUGA